AAAUAAAAUAAAAACGUUAAAUUAAGACAAGACUACUGAAGAAGAAGAGGAUAGCAAAUCUGAAAUAAUAAUAAAAAUAAAAUUAAUUAAUUAAUUCAGAAAAGAAAAUGGACGAUUAUACAAGAGAAAUGAUGGACCUGAAGACCCUUGUCACUCGAACCCUAGAGAAGAAAGGGGUUCUCGCUAAGAUCCGAGCCGAGCUCAGAGCAAGUGUUUUCGAGGCUAUAGAAGAAGAAGAUAAGGCAAUUGAAAAGGAGGAAGGCCUGCCUCCUGCAUUGCUUGGUAGCUGCAAUGAUCGUGCAAAGCAACUUCAUGCUUCUCCUUCAGGACGGCUUUUAACUGCACUUGUAUGUGAGUAUUUGGAUUGGGCACAGCUGAACCACACACUAAAAGUUUAUUUACCCGAGUGCAAUUUGCAAAAGGAUGCCUGGAAAGCGGAGUUAAGAGAUUUUAGCGAAAAGAAUGGAUAUGAUAUAAACAGGAAUGGAGAUAGCUGUCCGUUGCUGUUGGAUGUGCUUGAAGGCUUCUUGAAAUUUGAGAAUCAAUCUCAAGGAAGAGGUAGUGGAAGGAGAGCGCCAGCUCCAGAGCAAGACUCUACAUCGUAUCUAGACUCUCGAAACCGAAGGCCAUCUUCAUCAUCUGUAGUUGGGGGAUUAGCUCCACUUGGAAGACAAGGUCCCGGUACCCAAACGUCUGACCGAAGAGGAGGUUCCUCAAACUCUAGCUACAGGAGUGAUGAUUGGAGAUAUGAAAAUGACGAUACUUCAGAAAAUAUUACUCGUGCCUCCAUUGCCUUGGAAAAUCUUCAGUUGGACCGCAAGUCUCGAAAUUUGACUACCUCUUGGCGGCAUGGUGGGGAAGGCAGCAACGAAGACCACAUGUAACUUCAAUGGUACUCAAGCUGAGUGUAGUUUGUAGCGGACUAGUAUGUAUGUCUUUCUUCGUAUUUGAGAAAGGCGUCUCAUAAAGAACAAAUGUUUGUGUUUUGUGUCUUAAUUUUGUGUUGUUUUUUUGGACUUUUGUUUGUUAUAUUUUCGCCCUUCAAUUUGAAGGCUGGAUAUGAUAGCAUGAAAACAAGUGUUUGUGUGAU